AUGGACCGGUCGAGUCUGGCGACGCGGCGGUCGAGUGUCGACGUUCCGGGAUCCGUUUCGGCACCGGGAGCCGAUCCCGCGGCCGUGAUCGGUCGUAGCCGGCGUGCCCCGGGAAUUCCCGACGGGAUGGCGGGCCGGCCGUACAGCGGACUCAACCGUGGCAAUUCUAAAAGCCGGAUCCUAAA